UACAUCAAGCAUCGCUAUUGGUGAAAGUUUGUCAUAAUUUUCAUUAUUGUUCAAAAACUGAAUCAAUAAAGAUUUCUUUUGUGGAAAAUAACAAAAAGGUUUAUCUUGGAGACGCAAAAUGUACCCCGAAUUCUAGAAUGACCCAUACAAUUGAAAUCCUGCAUUUUUUUUUUUAAAUUUUCUAUUCUGUUUGAAAGCCAGCGAGUCACUCCCCCAAGCUUUGGGAUACGAGCAUGUUCUUUCAGUCAUUUUCAAGGAAAUAUUCAUAAGGCGAAGUUAUUAAUUUGAAAACAUUGUGCAACUCAUGCAAUAAUUUGAGUACAUUUUCUCAUCCCCCGCUGAUCUACACAUCCUGUAUCCACAUUCAGUCCAGUAUUGCUGAUUGAAAUUGUUCUUGACGCACCUGCAUUUGGGGUGUGUGGUGUGUGUGUGGUGUGUGUGUUACAUCAUAAUCUCUAACACUAUUAACCGCAAUGUUAUUAUUAUUUUUUUCCAUGGAACACCAUUGACAAAGGUGGUGGAAAAACAUAGGACAAAGUAUUCCUUCUCAAUCCUUUCCUUUCUCUCAUUUAUCUCUCCUCCCUCUUGCCAUCUCCCAAUUGUGAGAAAUGAAAACAAUGUAGAGUAUUCCAAGGCCAGACCUGGUCUAUGUGUAGAUAAAGUGCAGGUUUCCCAGGCUAUUAGGGACAACAGCUAUUUCCUUCCCUCCAGCGUGCUCCUACUGGACAUAGUAGCCCGAGAGAAGAGCAUCUCCUUUCUCAGUGUUGGACCGAGUCAAAGCAUAGCCACGUUUUUCCAAACCGCAGACUCCUUGAUAAACAGACAUGUCCCUGCUGCUUAUUGUGCCACUUCUGCUGGUUGCUUGUCAUCCAGGAAAAGUUUCUUCAUCAGUUCUCCGUCCUUCACCAGAAGAACCGAUGGAUGCUCAAUCUCCUCCGAUUAUCAGGACAAAUAGAUGCCUGGGAGAUCCACUUCAGAGCAUCCGCAAGACCAUACUGGAUUCUCUGAAUCUGCAGACCGAGCCUCACGUGUCCGUUCCUGGAAUGGCUGAGAUUCGAGAGCAGUGGAGAAACGUUUUCAAAGGCACCAGCAACUCAGAGCAACAGGCAGCUAACAACACACAACCAUCAUCAUCAUCAUCCUUAUCAUCAUCAUCAUCAUCCCUAUCAUCAACAUCAUCAUCCAGUUCUGGGAAUUCAACACAGCUCCAGUGUUGCAAGUUUGCCUCUCAGGUUUUCAUAAAAGAUCUGGGCUGGGAUCAGUGGAUCAUUUACCCAGACAGCUUCACCUUCGUCCAGUGCAGUGUGUGCGUGUCCCAGCAGAAUCAGCGCAUGUUUAAUUGCAGAGAUGAUGAUCCACCAGCUCUGGAUCCUCCCUCACAGAAGCCGUGCUGCGAGGUGACCUCACUUGACCCUGUGCCCUUCCUGUACAUGGAUGAAACAAGCACCCUCAUUCUCAGCUCCGUCCCCCUGACCCGCGAGUGUGGCUGUCGCCAUGGUGAUGACACCCAGGCCCUUCAACUGUGAUAAACAACACCAAGAGUACAAACGCCUCCCCCUACCUCUUUACGUCACACAGGUCUGUCACCGCGUCAUCGUUACGUAGCGUUCAGGACAUUGUGUAUUUAUAAAAGCAACCACACCACUUUUGCAUCUUUACUCACCGAUUUUGUUCUGUUGGGAGGUUUUUCAUAAUGAACACUGUAAAUAUUGUUGAUUCCGGAGGUGUUUCGAGCACGCUGAUGACCGGCUACACUCGGCAAGAAUAAAACUGAGCAGAUGUUCAUCGAAGGGUUUAUUUCCAAAAGACUAGGGUUCGGGUCAGAGCGUUAAAUGAACCAAAAUCUUGUUUCCUAUCCUAAUAAGUAAAUGUUAUGAUUAAAAAUCUAACAUUAGGAUCCAAAGUCCCAGCAGCUCUCAGGUCCUUCAGCAAAUCCAUUGUGUCCUAGUGAGUCUUACACAACAUCACUUUUUGCAGCUUUCCUAUUUUUAACGUUAAACAAGUCCAUUUUAUUAUAAAUAUUAAUGCAGCACUGACUAACAGACCACAAGUCAUGUCUGAUCGCUUAGAUCUGCACCUGUGACACUGAUAUCAGUCUGUAUUCAGUCAUAUUCACCGUCACUCCUCCACGGGCUUUAUUUUGACUCAACAUAUUUGAACACUAUAACAUUUUUUCCCCUCAUUUUAGUUACAUAACUGUCAAUUCAAACGUUAAUUUUUGGAAACAAACCCUUCAAUUAUUACCCUCGUUUUAUCUUUCUAAUAGAACAUUCUGGCCUAUCGCUGAACAUUCGUGCACUUUGAGUCAAGGUUAAACUGUAAUAGUAAAUCUCGCUGAAAGUUUUAUUCACAUGACUAUUUUAUAGCUUCAUAACUGGAGUCUGGAAAGGGAUUAGAUACAGCUACUCGGUGUUCCUCGCAAAAAUGUGGGCACUGCAGCACGCCUAACCAUGCCAGACAUUUCCCUGUCUGGGCCUCUUGGAUUUAAAUACAGAGCGUAAACGUGUUAACGUAGUGGAGCUGAGGUUCAGCAGAAAAAAAAAAAGCCUUCUUCCUAAACUAUAAGUCCUUAUUUUGUACUCGUGGCUUUCCCUUAUUGUUUCAAGGCUGCCAUUCAGACGCAGCUGUGCCCCAGUGUUACUUUAUUCCUCUUAGAAAAGCAGCAUGGGCAGGACAUUUUGAUUACCGAGAAUAUUUGUGAGGUCGUAUGAGGUCCGCUUUGUUCCAUUAAACCUGUUUGAACGUUAUUUUGUUUUCGAAUAUCUCAAAUAUCUGAAACUCUAUUUAUGUGAUGUAACUGUUAUCCCAGUCCAUCUUUUUUUUUCGCAGCUUUUUUUUUGUAAUUACACUACCGUUCAAAAGUUUGGGGUCACCCAGACAAUUCUGUGUUUUCCAUGAAAAGUCACAUUUUAUUUACCACCAUAAGUUGUAAAAUGAAUAGAAAAUAUAGUCGAGACAUUUUUCUGGCCAUUUUGAGCAUUUAAUCGACCCCACAAAUGUGAUGCUCCAGAAACUCAAUCUGCUCAAAGGAAGGUCAGUUUUAUAGCUUCUCUAAAGAGCUCAACUGUUUUCAGCUGUGCUAACAUGAUUGUACAAGGGUUUUCUAAUCAUCCAUUAGCCUUCUGAGGCAAUGAGCAAACACAUUGUACCAUUAGAACACUGGAGUGAGAGUCGCUGGAAAUGGGCCUCUAUACACCUAUGGAGAUAUUGCACCAAAAACCAGACAUUUGCAGCUAGAAUAGUCAUUUACCACAUUAGCAAUGUAUAGAGUGGAUUUCUGAUUAGUUUAAAGUGAUCUUCAUUGAAAAGAACAGUGCUUUUCUUUCAAAAAUAAGGACAUUUCAAAGUGACCCCAAACUUUUGAACGGUAGUGUAUAUUGAACACAUUCUGCAUUUAUUGACACUGCUGUGUAUUUACUGAAUGAUUGCGCCUUUCAUGCUUUUUCUUUUUGUCCUUUGACAUUUUAAGACGUUGUAAUUGUAAUGCAGGACGUGCAAGUUUUUGGGUUGUUUUUUUUUAAUCACCAAACCAAUAUCUAAACCAGUAUUAUUGGAGU